AUGAAUGCCCAUGAAGAGCAGAGAGGGGAGAGGAUUGAUCGGGCGCUCGAGAGCGGAAAGACGUUCUUGUCCGUGCUGGAGAUCCUGACCGACGGCGUCAUCGUCUGCGAACCCCUCAACGUCGCCGUCAAGCUCUCGAAGGGACUGCUCGAGGCCGUCGAGAAAGCCCGGAAGAACCGACGGGACUGCAAGGACCUCGCCCACGACAUGUUCAAGUUGAUGUUCAUCGUCGUGGAGGUGUUGAAGGGGAAGACUGACGCAGAAAUACCCACGCGUCUCAAGCUUCGUCUGAAAGAUUUGACCGACGUUCUGCUGAAAGUUAAAGACGGUCUUGAGCAACUCAAUCUCAAGAAAAACUUCUCGUUCGUAUCGCUGUGCAAGGCGCUUCUGAGGCGUAACUUAGUGGCGGAGGAGAUCUCGGUGUAUCGAAAUCAGAUCAAUAUGUGUCUACAACGUUUUCAGUUCGCCGUGACCAACCGUUUUAUCCUGGAUCAGCAUGCAGGUUUUGCGAGGCUCGAGGACAUGAUCCGUAACGAUGGCAGGAACAUCGACACAUCUCCGGUUAGCUCUCUUCCUUUCCAGCGCUUUAUCUUGGAUCAGCAUGCAGGUUUUGCGAGGCUCGAGGACAUGAUCCGUAACGAUGGCAGGAACAUCGACACAUCUCCGUCCACCGCCCCCGUCCUGCCGAACCUUCCCAUAUCGUCCGUCAAGCCUCCGCGUUACUUCUUCGGACGGGAUGACCUCGUGAACGACCUCGUCGGCAAACUCGCCGGGACCACCCAGCAUCACGUCGCCCUUCUCGGCACUGGUGGCAUCGGAAAGACUUCCGUCGCGCAGGCCGUCAUAGACCACGAAACCAUCAAGUCAAAGCAUCGCUGUUCCUUCAUCCGCUGCGAUCCCAUCCUCACCGCCCCGUCCCUCGUUCUCGCCAUCCUUCAGGGUAUCACAGGCAGCAACGCUUCGCAAAACGGCGAUCUGAUCGCCCAACUCGAAUCGACCUUGCGAGCUGCCGGCCCGGUCAUCCUCGUCCUGGACAAUUUCGAGAGUCCGUGGGAUGCUGGAGGGACUCGAGGGGAUCUCGGCGACGUGCUCCGCACGCUGACCGCGUUGCCGAACGUGCAGUUGAUAUUGACCAUGCGAGGUGAUUCCCCGCCAGCAAAGGGCAAGGUUCAUUGGUUGCCCGUAUCUCUCGAACCUUUGUCGUCUAGCUCUGCAAGACAGCUGUUCCUGUCGGUGAAUCCCGAUACCCCGGAAGACGAGCAUCGCGACCUCGAUCGCCUCCUCGAGCAGUGCGGCGGCCUACCUCUAGCCGUCAAUCUGCUGGCCAACGUGAAGGGGCCGUUCGCUUGCUCCAUCCUCCUUCAGCAAUGGGAGAAGCGGUUCCCUUCCUUGCUCAAGGAUGAGCACCAGUCGCCGACACGUCUCACCAGUCUAGACGUAUCCAUUUCUUUGUCCCUCAAUUCUGCGGCGAUGAAAAGUGUUCCGGAAGCGAAGGAACUGUUGGCGGUGAUUUGCCGGCUCCCCGAUGGCAUACAAGGCGGGGUUCAGCAGCUCAUUGACAUGGACCUCGGGCUGGAAGACGUCGUUGGCGUUCUUGCGGUGAUACUUUCAGCUGCCUUGGCAUUCAGCAGUUCCGACGGCAGCAUCCAUGUGCUGUCGCCCAUUCGUCAAUACGUCAUGGCACAUCACGUCCUUGCGAAACCACAGUCGGAAGCACUGGUGCGUUAUUACGUUGAUCUGGUCAACGAACACGCCGACAAAGAGCCUGGGGACGAUGGGUUCAAGCGUGCCUACGACAUUCUCACGCCCGAGAUGGGCAACAUCAUCUUCCUGUUCAAGAAGGAACUCAACCCGAACAAGGGCAAUUUUAAGGCGAUCGCUCGGGCAGCUUUCAAGUUCACCGCUUUUCAAUACUGGUCCCGGCCCUCGACCGAGCUCAUUGAUGUAUUGCUAGGGGAUUGGCGAGACGAUGAUACGGGCGCUUCACAUGCUGACAGCUUGACUAGCCGGGCAGAGCUGUUGAUGGGGAUGAACAAGUAUCUGCCCGCGCAAAAUGACUUUGACGCUGCCCUACAGGAGUCUACCCUGGCCGGCGAUCAAGCGGCAGUGGCACGUUGUCAGCAAAGUUUGGGCGAGAUCCAUCGCAUGCGCAACGAGCACGACCAGGCGAUCGAGAAGCUCACUCGUGCGUUCGAGGUGCUCUCCGAGAUCGGAGACCUGCUCAGGGCAGCGCAAUGCCAGCAAAGCUUGGGCAACAUCCAUCUCAUGCGCUACGAGCACGACCGGGCGAUCGAGAAGCUCACUCGGGCUCUCGAGGUGCUCUCCGAGAUCGGAGACCGGCUCGGGGCAGCGCAAUGCCAGCGCAGCUUGGGCGACAUCCAUAGCUACUGCCACGAAUACGACCAGGCGAUCGAGAAGCUUACUCGGGCUCUCGAGGUGUUCUCCGAGAUCGGAGACCGGCUCGGGGUAGCGCAAUGCCAGCAAAGCUUGGGCAACAUCCAUCGCAUGCGCGACGAGCACGACCAGGCGAUCGAGAAGCUCACUCGAGCUCUCGAGGUGUUCUCCGAGAUCGGAGACCGGCUCGGGGCAGCGCAAUGCCAGCAAAGCUUGGGCAACAUCCAUCUCAUGCGCCACGAGCACGACCGGGCGAUCGAGAAGCUCACUUGGGCUCUCGAGGUGUUCUCCGAGAUCGGAGACCGGCUCGGGGCAGUGCAAUGCCAGCAAAGCUUGGGCGACAUCCAUAGCUUCCGCCACGAGUACGACCAGGCGAUCGAGAAGCUCACUCAGGCUCUCGCGGUGUUCUCCGAGAUCGGAGACCGGCUCGGGGCAGCGCAAUGCCAGCAAAGCUUGGGCGACAUCCAUCACAUGCACAACGAAUACGACCAGGCGAUAGAGAAGCUUACUCGGGCUCUCGAGGUGUUCUCCGAGAUCGGAGACCGGCUUGGGGCAGCGCAAUGCCAGCAAAGCUUGGGCAACAUCCAUCACAUGCGCCACGAGCACGACCGGGCAAUCGAGAAGCUCACUCGGGCUCUCGAGGUGUUCUCCGAGAUCGGAGACCGGCUCGGGGCAGCGCAAUGCCAGCAAAGCUUGGGCGACAUCUACAGAAUCAAUCACCAAUAUCAUGCGGCCAGAAGUAAUAUUAACAAUGCCCUCCAACUUGCUACAGACAUUGGAGAUCGCUACGAGAUUGCGUGGUGUCGUAUUUCCAUGGGCCUGCUUGACCGUGAUUCACAAAACUUCACUGAGGCCGUCGAAAACAUCGAGGCCGCUCGAUCGCUGCUGGAGGAGAUUGGAGAGAAGGGUAACACAGAGUAUUGUUCGAAACUCCUGCUUGAGAUGCAGAACACUGCGGGCCCCUGA